UUUGUGACUGUUAGGGCCAUUGUUGUGUUGACAACAUCUUCUUUGCUUGGCGGGGUUUAAAGUAUUAAGAGGUUGGAGCGGAGAGGGGUGUGCCGAAGGUGUUGGAUUUCAUGUCAAACCACCUGCAGGGGAGACAUUUAAGAUGCCAGCGGCGCACAGACACGCACUCACUGCGCUGGACGGUGGGAGAAUUUUAUUUGCAGUCCCAAAAAGCAAUGGACAGUAGGAUCAGACCGCUGGCUGUGGUCGGCAGCGCCGCCGGCCCGACGCUAUCGGUCAGCGGCCUCCAGGUGCCCGCGUCCAUCCUGCGCCCCGCGCCUCUCUUCUUGCGCUCUUGCAAUCCCGCGCUGGAGAGGGGCUACCCGCGCACCCCGAAGUGCGCCAGAUGCAGGAACCACGGCGUGGUGUCCGCGCUGAAAGGCCACAAGCGCUUCUGUAGCUGGAGAGACUGCGUGUGCGCAAAGUGCACCCUGAUUGCGGAGAGACAGCGGGUCAUGGCGGCGCAGGUGGCGCUGCGCAGGCAACAGGCGCAGGAGGAGACCGAGGCCCGCGAGCUCAGAUUCUUGUACCCCGGCACGGGUAUGAGUGGAGGAAUCGGAAUCCCUGAGGGGUCAUCAGCAGUACCAUCCGGUACCAACAGCACCUCGACAGCUACAAGUUUUGAAGUUUUCAGAGCGCAAAACCAAAAAGAUGAUUACAAAAUAAACACCUUUUACAACGGAUUCACCGGUGGACACCUCUUUGCACCUCGAACCACACGUGUGGCCCCUCCAGAAGACGAGACGCAGCCGUCUCCUUGCAACGACGGUGUUGGAAGCUCAUCGGAGCGAUCAGAGAGCCCACAGAGGCCGCUGUCCUCUUCGGAUCCAGAUUCAGGGAGCGAGUCGGUGCAGAAACCCGAUCACCGUCCGGGACAGGAACAGAACCCCAACGAUUUCAUGGCCAAGAUCUUCCCCCAGCAGAAGCGUGAGGCGCUGGAGUCCAUGGUGAGAACCUGUCAAGGUGACAUUGUGAAGUCAAUCGAGCUGGUGUUGCUGAGUUCCAAAGAGAACAAAAUGAAUUGUGAGAGCUCGUCUUUGUCCGCACCCCCUGCUGCCGGACUGUCUGGAACGCUGAGCACUUCGGGGAAUAAAUCUGCCUUCUCCCCAAUCUACGUGCCACCCACAGCCGCCGGGGAAGACAGCCUGUACGGGCUCAGCCCUCGUUUCUUUGUUAACCCGUUACGACUGACAACAUAUUCCUCUACAAACGGUGGCAUGACGGGGUUUAUGUCACCAGGACUGAUGCCUGUCUUUCCGCUCCGUCCUCCUCUGGACUCCUUUUCUUUCCCAAACAUAAUCAGAGACCUGUCCUCCUUUCAGAGCAAAGACUCCCUCUGCAACACCGGCCUAUAUGCACGACUGAAUCAAGAAAAAUAAAAAGCAUACCUUGAGCACUCCACACACUACAAUAUAAAUGUACAAGUAAAUAUACAUAUGUCUGGAAUUUUUUUAUGCAUGACUUCUGAGCACUUCUUUAUGAACUCAGUCAUACCAAUCAAUCACAUCAAUUUUGUUGAUCAUUAUAUGCUUUAGAUCAUCCAUCGAGGCUUACAGACCAUUUUUUCCUUGACCUUUGACCAAACUAUUCCAAAAUCGAAUCACCUCUUGAUAUGCAUCCAAGUAAUAUUCCCACCAAGUUUUGAAGGAAAUCAGUCUGUUUUCGAUUUAUCUUGUCCACAAGCACGGCAGUGAAAAUGAUACGCUAUCGCUGCUUCACAUACACCCAGAGUAGUGACAUAAAUCACUUUGUAAUAUCAUUGUAAGUUGUUUUAAACUUUGUCGUUAAACAAGACUCAGACUUUGUAGGGGCUGAUUUCAAGUAUAUUUCAAGUACAUUGCUCACUGUUCAAAAUCAGCUUUUAAAAAUACUUUUCAUACGGUAUGUGUUUCAUGUGAAUUAUCCUGAAAGGUCACACUUCUGUCUGCAUCUGGAGAAACUACGGCUUUUAUGAAAAUGUCAGCUUACAAUAACUAUUUGGUUGUGGAUCCUCUUUACUGAGGAGAAGACGCUCCUUUCCGUUUGAAGUGAUUGACAUUUCUGGAAUUCAUAUUUUAUUUUAUUUUGUUAUGGAAUAAACAAUUGAUAAUUAUGAAUAAAGCUAUUAAACUGUG